GUCUAAAAAUAUCUGAAGAGAGAUUAAGUGGUUCAACAAGUAACGCUCUAAUGGAUGAAAGAGAAUUUCCACCAAAUAAUCUACAAAUAGACUCAAAGGACAGUCUUCCUGCUGACUUUAGGGUGGAAAGUUUGGCAUCCCAUUUGGUUUCUUCAGCUGAUGAAAAUGAAAAUCAACUUGACAAUGAUGGCAAUGAGGUUCUGACCAGUAGUAGCAUUGCUAUGGGACAACAGGAGAAAGGUGAGCAGGACAGCAUCAAUAAUAAUGAGAAUAUAAACACUCAAGACUGUACCCCAGGCUGUAAGGAGGAGACUGAGAGGAGGUCUGUGAAUGUCCAUAUGGACCCCCAGCUGGAGGAAAAGCCAAUUGCAGAAAAACAGCCAGGUGGAAAAAGAAGUCCAAGAAGCAAAAGAAGCUCCAGUAAAAAAUCUAAAGGAGUUCCUACAGUGGGAACCACAGCAAUCAAGGAGGAAAAUACUCUUAUUACAGAUACAGAUCCUGUGCAUGCUGAAUGUGCUGUUGAAGCAAAUGAAAACUUCCACCAGAAAGAACAAAAACACACGUUGCAGUCUCUUUUCUCUUUGCUCCGUGAAGAGGUUGAGCAGAUGGAUUCAAAGAUACUGCCCCUGUGUCUCCAUCAGAUAGCUGAGACCUAUUUUCAAGAGGAGGAAUAUGAGAAAGCAAUGAAGUUUAUUCAGCUUGAACGACUGUAUCAUGAACAGCUGCUUGCUAAUCUUUCUUCUAUACAGGAGCAGUGGGAAAGAAAAUGGAAAACAGCAGUUCCUAGUCCACUUACAACACUGAGGAAUUCAGCUAAAGACCUGAGCGGUGAAGAGCUGGAAAAGCUUACUAGAGUUUGCUCUUCACAUCAACAGCCACAGGCAUGCAAAACUAAGCUACUAGCUGCAGGAAAUACACGGGAGAGUGGUUGUUUGCUUCAGUUAACAGAAUCAAAACAUUUAAAGGAAAGAGAAGCUGCUGCUUUUAAAUCAGGUACUGAAACUUGUCCUGGCAUUCAACCAAAGAAAGAAGAUCAACAGCUGAGCACUGGUUCUCCAGGUGAAAAUGAAACUGAGAGACAGAUGGAGGCAGCAAGUCUUCGGGUAGCUGCAGGAAAGGACCACAUGGAGGAGCAGCACUGCAGUGCUGAAUCAACAUCAGAGCCACACACCCAGUCCACAGGGACAGUGGGCAGGCUUUCUUCGGGCUGUUUAUCAUCUGGGGAUGCCAGUAAAGAUAACAGUUUGCAGCUGAGAGAAGGACCACUCUUUAAGGAUGUGGAAGAAAUAGAAGUCACAGCUGAGGAGCCUGGAGUGAAACUCCCUCUUGAGCCAAUGGUAGAUGCUUUGUUUUUAACAGAUGCUGAUUAUAUGCCUACUGAUUUAGUUGCUACCGAUAAAGAUGUGCAAGCUGAUAGAAAUCUGCUCAGAUCAAAACAUGCUGCUGGCUCUUCAGAAGUCACUAGUGGACAGCUUGGAAAUAGUGAUUUAAGGCAGCAACAUGAACAGCCUGAUGAUGAAAAAUCUUCGCAGGACAGAAUUGCAUCAAAUGUAUUCUCUGGGUGCAGUAAAGUAUCUGAGACUGAGAGUACUGCCAAUUCACGAGUAUGCAAGGAAAUACAGAGAACAGCAGGAGAGGAGGAGAAGGUAAAUAAUGAAGAACAAGAAGACUUAUUUCUCAGAUUUUUAAAUGGUAACAUAAUAGACACUGAAGAAUCAUUUGCAAACUUAGAAAACCAAGAGGACUUUGAUACUGUUCCAGACAUUUCACCUGAACGAGCAUCUUACAACUCAUUGGAAGCUUUAUCACUAGAUGACAGCUUUUCUUCUCUUGACGAACUUGCAAGAAGGAUAGAGAUUGCUGAGAUUGCCCCUGCAGAAGGAUUGGUGUCUAUACUAAAGAAGAGAGAUGACAGGGAUGGAAAAACAAUUGCUCAAGUCCACCAAAGGCAAACAAAGAGAAGAGUGCGAUUCCAAGAAAUGGAAGACACAUUGGAUCAAGAUGAAGUAGCUGGUGGCUCCUGUAUUUUGCUGAUCCUGCUGUGCAUAGCAACUGUUUUCCUUAGCAUUGGAGGAACUGCAUUGUACUGCACCUUUGGUGACAUGGAAUCUCCUGUGUGUACUGAUUUUGCAGCCAACAUGGAUUUCUAUUAUACCCAAAUAUUGCAGCGUAUGGAAGAAUUUAAACACUGGAUAGCCUUCUCAUAGCUGAAAUGAGCAGAGACAGCACAGUAAGAGAUCACCAGUGGUUAUUGGAGAUGGUAGAAAAAAAAUGUGAUUUCAAGUUCUCUAACACUUGCCACCUGCAGGUGAUGUGUAUUUGAUGAUGUACUUACACUUCUACUUAAAAAUCAAGAAAAUUAUAGUUUAGCAAUCAGGUGGCAAAAUGUUCACAUCUGUUCUUAACUGUAGCAGUGUGGUAUGGGAGAAUAAGAAGUUAUUGUCAUCACCCUUUUGAGAGUAGGCAAGUAGCUUUUCAACAACUUGAGCAAGUGAAGAAGAAAGAAGAAAAUCAACUGUCUUCUGCUCUCCCAUUGCCACCCAUUGUGUAAGCAAUCUCUGGAAGCUUAGUAAAAGACAGCUUUAAUUUACAGCUGUUUGUGCAAAGGUGUUGCCUCCAGCUAUCAUGCAAUAAGUCUGUGUUUUAUGGAAACAUUGUUUUUAUUCUAAGUCUUACUAUUCUUCUACAUUGUUUUUCUCCAUUUUAAUUCUCCUGGUGAGCCAUGUAAUUAUUUGGGUGGAGUGAGAAAAGUGCAGCAGCAUUCACAGAGCCCUCAUUUGGUGAUUAACAGACUGACCCUGUGUCUUAAAGGUUAUAGCGAAUGAGUGGGAUAAAUACGCCAGCAGACUUCACUAAAUUUCCUGGAGCUUUCCUCCCAGUAUUGUGGGGGCCGUUUGAGAAAUGGAAGGUUAAAAAUAAACCAUUGGUCUCACUAAACACAGACACAAAAGUAAGAUGCUUACUAAAUUAUUCAUGUUAAAGUGGCUUUGGCCAAUUUUAAAGCACCUGGUAGCAGGUGUGGGGCUAACUGGGUUUUCUGUCCAGGUAUGUCACUGACUUAGAGUAAUCACUUUGUGCCUCAGUUUCUCCUCCGUAAAUGGGGAAUAAUGAUCCUUGCCUUUGUCUGUGAAUUUUUAUUGCAGUUAGGGCUCACGUCUGAUUCAUCCCAGAUGAGUGCACAGGAUCACCGAACUGUGUGCCUGCGGCCUCUCUCAGUGGGUGAAUGCUGAUAUAAAGUGGAACUUAACCAACAGAAGAGAUUCAGAGGCUCACUACAGAUCCGUAGCAUGGUAGUAGUCCAGGGCACUCAGUCCAGCAGAUAAAACAUGUUUACAUCUAUUUGCCCUGCAGUUCUGAGACCUGUGUUGUAAAAUCUGUUCUUUUUCUAUGACCUAUACAGAUUUGAAUGAGUACAAAGAGUCAUUUUAAAUGGGUAUUACUAUUACUUGGUGCUUAGUCCUUCCUGGGUGGUAUGUGAGGGGAACACUGACAUGACUGUGAAGGUGAGAAUUAGAUACCCAGGGCUUUGGCCCACACUCUGGUCAAAAUAUGGCAACUGUUCUUGUACAGAGCACAGUGUCCCAGCCCUGCUGAGGGCGUUAGUGUGAAACAAUUCCUUUACACCUCAGGAAACAGCAUUUUUGAGGGGUCCACUUCACUCCACUCUGUGAUUCCUUGCUUACUAACGUGGUAUGAUGCAGUGUGUUCAGGUUUAGAAUAUUAUUUUGUAAAAUACUAUGAAAUGAAAUCUUCAAGAUGUGGCUCAGAAUUAUAACAUUAAAUGAUCAUGCUUUCUGGCAUAUGCGAGCAGAUUGUCCCUCUUAGUGAGCUUCAUUGUUCCUAACACACUGUUAUACUUCACGGGUUUUUAAAGUGAAAGUUAAAAUAACUUUUUUUUUUCUAGAAUAAAUUGCAUGUAUGAUUUGUCUUCUUGGUUUCGCUGCGGAGGCUUAGUUUAUCUGUACCUUAGGGAGCCUCCUGUGCAGCUUUAUAUUAAACUAGCGAAUUUUAAAUACCCAAAUUAGUGAAACUUUUGAUUUCAGAAUGAAACUUGAGAACAGUAGUUUGUAUAUUUUUUGUUUGUUGUCCUCAGAGUAUUAUAAUGCUGGGCUGAUCUAAAGGAGAAAGACACUUUUGUAUUUUAAAGUGUUACUGGCUGGUUCAGUUUAUUAUUUGAAGUCUGCGUUUGUUUGUUUAUUUAUUUAGUUGUUCUUUUAAAGAGAAUCCUAUUUUUCUUUUUUGGUUAUUUACUCACAGAGUAAUUAAAGCAUGCAUUCAGUUAAAAUAUGUAUUUAUAGAGACUGUGCAGUUAGAAUAUAUUUUGGGUUUCUGUAACUUUGCAUUGAGUGUUUCAGGAUAUUAAGUUUAUUCCUAAAAAGACAACUGUUGAUAUCAGCUUACAUAAAAAUUUUAAGCUUUUGUGCACUUCAUCACCAAAAAGAUCAAGAGGUAUAUAUAGAAUAUUUAUUCAAAAGUAUAUCAGAUACGGAGAUCAAAGAUCCUCUACUUUUAGGUUCAUUUCAUUAAGACUAUUUAAAAAUAAUUAUUUUAUUUAAAAUUGUAAAGCUAUUUAAAGGCAAAGUGAUUUUUAAUAAGCAGUUCAGUUUAAAAGCAGCGGCCCAAAUCCUGGUAUGUCCACUUUGUACUAUAUUUGCAGUGCAAAGACUCACUAGUAUCAUCAGAACUGCCUACAAGAAGAUCAUGAUGAGGCUGGAUGGACACCAAUGUUACUUACACAUACCUGAUGAAGAAUGAACAGCCAGGUGUCUGUGUAACUCAGCUACCUUACACUUGUGUUGUAACUUGGAGCAUGUCUCCAGCUUUCCCAACUCUGCCAAGGUACUACACAUGCAAAGUCUCUCAGGAUUUGAGGGAGCAGAAGGUGCACAUAUGCACAGGCUGCCCGGCUCCUGAUCUGAGCUGCUCACUCCUCAGUUGCAACCAAGUGGUUGAAUCUGGACCUAAUUUCUGUUGGCAUUACUUUAUAAAAAGCUGAUGGUACUAACUCUUGCUUCAUGUGACAGUGCUCUUGGAUUGCUGGUGACAUUGCUUCUGCCCGAGUUACCUGAGGGGUCAGGAUCUUACAGUCAGGUAAAUUCAAGCUAAAAGAAAUAGCUGAAGCUACUUCUCUUGUCUGAGUAUUUUGAGGUAAAAUAAUCCUGAGCAACAGCUAAGAUAAGGAGGAAGAAAACGGAGGGAAAAGGCUUCCUACGCAACCCAUCCAUUUUAAAGCCUUUUGCAUAUAGGUAUUUAUUCUUCAUCCUUCCCUGCCACUGUCUUUAGGACUGUUCUGCUUAGCAGUAGGGGAGACACACUAUGCUGGUGUACAACAAUUUAUAGUUGGUAGGAAAAUUCAGGGAAUGCUUCAGUACUUGACAAUAGUUAAAAGUAAUUUCUUAAAAUAUGACCGGAUUUCAGGCUCAUACUGUACCUUCAAAGAAGUUGUGGCCACUUAAUCACAUGCAGCACUCUACUAGAAACCUCCAGUUUAUUCUUUGAGUGUAAUUAUUUUGAAGAGAUUCUUAUGAAAAUCGAGAUUCAGCAUAUGCUGCCAAAAAGAGCUUUCUGAUGACAUGAUUAACACCCUUACCCCAAACAGCCUGGACUACACCAAGAAAAGCACUGUGCUGUAGCAGUCAUACUACGCUACAGGCUUGUUUUCUGAACAGUAUCAGUAAGGAAGCAGGUAUUCUACAGCCCAAAUAUACCAGCAGAAGUUUAUGAUCUAGGCACAGCCCAUGUUUUAAAAUUUUUCCAAUGUCUCUGCUUUCAUACCUGAAAAAUGCAUAGCUCUGGUGACAAACAGUAGGAAGUAGUCUGACAAAAAGGGAAACUCUUUUUAGGGUUUUCAAGAGUAGAGAGCAAGCUUGAAGUAUCAAACAAGCAGAGUAGAUUGGAAGACUAAAUUCUUGUGUGAUAGGGGACUGUUCCACUCAGUAACCUAAAAGGAUGUUGCUCUCCUAAGAAAACAUGUUUGCCUGCUGUAAUGUAAAAACCAAGGCCAUCUGAAAGGACUAACUGUAACAAAUUCAGCUUCCUUUAACAAAAGGAGUAAAUAAUUGUGUUUGAAACUAUCACCCAAGCUUGUAAUUUAAAUACUGUAGCAAAAAUAAUAAAAACUGUCCCAAAGAAAAUACAUGAA